GCUGCCCGCCGCCCGCUGCCCCGCCCUCUACUCUUCUCCCUCGCAACGGACUCUCCCCUCAAACGGGAAACAAGAUGGCGGCGGCAGGUCCGAGUACUCGGGCCUCUUCCGCGGCGGCAGCAGCAGCUCUGAGUCGGCGGGGCCGGCGGGGCCGCUGUGACGAGAUGGCGGCAGCCAAGACUGGGGCCCCGGGCUCGGCCUCUGGCCCCGCAGUGCUGGUGUUGCAACCGCCGUUGCUGCAGCCGCCGCCACCGCCGCGGCCAGAGGAGUCGGGCUGCGCCGGGUGCCUGGAGACCCCGGGGGAAGCAGCGGCCCUGCCUUGCGGCCACUCGCUGUGCCGAAGCUGCGCCCAACGAGUCGCCGACGCAGCGGGCCCAGGUUGCCCGCGCUGUCGCGCCCGCGGCCCGGGUUGGGCCCGCCGUCGGACCCGCGACGACGGCCAGGCCGACGCGGAGGUGCUGGGCGAGCGCGCCCGCCGCGGCCCGCCGGAGCGCUGCCGCCUGCGCCGGGACGGGGGCGCGGCCGCCGCUGGGCCCAGGCCGGAGCAGGAGCCGCGCGCCGUAGCCGCGGAGCCAGAGUUUAUAUUCAGAACACCAAUCAAAUUAAGCAAGCCUGGGGAACUUCGUGAGGAAUACGAAAGCCUGAGAAAGCUGAGAGAAGAAAAGUUACAAGACGAGAAAACCUCUGAAGAUCAAAUCCACAAGCUGUUACCAGAGGAUACAGAAACAGGGAAAAGGAAAAUGGAUGAACAGAAAAAAAGAGAUGAACCACUAGUACUGAAAACAAAUCUGGAACGUUGUCCUGCGCGUCUCUCAGAUUCAGAGAAUGAAGAACCUUCCCGAGGCAAGAUGACACAGACACAUCGCUCGGCAUUUGUUUCCAAGAACAACUCCUACUCCUUAGCUUUCCUGGCAGGGAACCUAAAUUCCAAGGUGGAAAGGAGUCAGAGCUGCAGUGACACUGCCCAGGACAGAGCAAAGAGCAGACUCAGAGCAGCCCCAGCCAGCAAAGCCAAGGUCACAACUAUAACCCCAUCCUCCAACCCCAUCAUUGGUGUCCUCCUGUCCACUCAAAACAACCGUUGCCUCUCUGCCCCCGACUUAACCGUUGAAAAGCGCCUGCCCUUCAGCUCCCUCUCGUCCCUGGCCUCCCUGCAUAAGCCGGAGCGCUCCAUCAGCCCUGAGAGCAAUGACAGCAUUUCCGAAGAACUCAACCAUUUCAAGCCCAUUGUCUGCUCACCAUGUACUCCUCCCAAGAGACUCCCCGAUGGCCGCGUGCUAAGCCCGCUCAUCAUCAAGUCGACACCCCGCAACCUGAACAGGAGCCUACAGAAGCAGACUUCUUAUGAGGCCAGUCCUCGGAUCCUCAAAAAGUGGGAACAGAUCUUUCAGGAGCGGCAGAUCAAAAAAACCCUUUCGAAAGCCACCCUCACCUCCCUGGCUCCAGAAACAGGGGAAGACUUGCUGGUCUCUGAAGUUACGCAUUCUAGCAAGGAGAAGCCACUUCUGGCUUCAAAUACAAAACUGUCCAGUGGGCAUGUACUCUCUGAGUACACUGCACCCACCCCCGCUGACCUGGAUUAUUUCCCCUCUGUCAGCCAAACGAAAGCAGAACAGGGCAGUGAUAGUAAAAGGAGCACUGAGAUCCCAUUGGAAACCUGCUGUUCUUCAGAACUCAAAGUGGGAGCCAGUGGGCCUUCUGUGGAGAGAGAGCAGUUUGAAGGGUCAGGGUCAACCCCAGAUGCCAAGUUAGACAAAACCUGCAUAAGCACAGCCACGAAAGCCUCGACAGUUAAUUCAGUGCUACCCAAAAAUAAUGUUUUGGGUGGGGUCCUCAAAACAAGGAAACAGCUGAAGACAGCCAAUCAUUUUGAUCUACCGAAUGGUGUUCUGACCGACAACCUCGGUGAAGAGCCUCUGCCCUCCUUGCGUCGGGGCCGGAAAAGACACUGUAAGACCAAGCACUUGGAACAAAAUGGCUCCCUUAAGAAACUGCGGCAGAGCAGCGGGGAGGGGGGUCUGGCCCCAGCAGACCCGGCGCUGCGGGAGAUGGAGCAGAAACUGCAGCAGGAGGAAGAGGACCGCCGGCUGGCUCUGCAGCUGCAGCGCAUGUUUGACAAUGAGAGGCGGACUGUGAGCCGGCGGAAAGGAAGCGUGGAUCAGUAUCUCUUACGGUCCAGCAGCAUGGCCGGGGCCAAGUAGCACCCAAUGAAUAGUGUUACCUAUUUUUAAGAUGUCUUUGGGCUUGAUCACUUAUCCUGAAGAGCUGAGUGUUCUCACUUUGGGUUUCUUUGAAAGGCAAAACACUGUCUUAUGUGGUUCUGAGAGGUGCCAGGGCAUUCGUGGGCUGUAUCUGAGGAAACCUCCUCUGCCUCCCUGGGACCCAGGCCAGGAGUCCUCCCCACCCGCUAAGUGACCCAUGCCUGAGGGCUUCUGGGCCACACCUGGCAGCACCCACCUGGAACGAGACUCAGGAGCACGAUGGCAAGGGUUAGAAAUGGUGGCGGGAAGAGGGGAUGGAUACCUUCUCAAACUGGUGGGCCUCCUGACUUCUUUCAACCGGGUGUGUUUUUUUAAAUCAGCCUUGCAGAUAAAAAUGAGUUUCAUCUUUUUCAAAGAAGUGGACCAGUCUAGUUCUCCGGCAGAUCCAGAAAGGUUAUGUUCCCCCUUCUCCUUAUCCUUGCCACAAGUAAAUAUAUCUAAUGAAAUCAGUUGAGUUUAUGCUUCUACAAAAGUUAACUUACAUUUCCUGUUUAAAAAAUAACAUUUGAUUAAUGCUAUAUAGUUGACAGACCAUACUCACAGCCAUUGUUUAAUUUGAUCUUCCCAGGGGACCGAAGAUGUAAGUGGGAUGAGCCCUGUUUUUAGAUGAUGAAACUGCAGUGCAGAUGUUUAGAUUUUCUCAUGUGCUAAGUGGCACAGCCCGAACUCACCGCCGGGUCUCCUGACAACAGAUCCCAUGGCUUUUCCACACGGACAGGUUGCCGUAAUGGACUGCAACCCAAGGGCGUGCCAGCGGAGCCUGGGGAAAGCCGGCUAGUCAUUGAGAACCUAUCGUGCAGAAUCUACCUGCAGAUAAUUGAGAUGGACUGGAAGUAUAGUCAUAAUACUGUACAUUUAUCGUCACCCCCACAGUUUAUAGCCUUUUGUUUUCCUGGGGAUUCCACCCUCUGAGAUAAAGGACAGUUGGAAAUCAUUGUUACUCUCCACAUGGCCAAGGGUUAUCUGCAAUGUUGAUCUAAAAUCCAAAAAUUUAGCCCAGAAGUCAGGCAAGAACAGUGCUGGAACUCCGUACUAUGGAAACAAGGUAUCUAGCUGGAUGCAGCUGGUAAAUUCAGUCCCAUGGCCCUUUGGGGUUUAUUUUCCUUAGCAGCUGACACCAUGUGUCUUUUGCACCCCUGGUGGUGCUUGGUGCUUCUGCCCGUCUGGGCUCAUUGAGAAUAGGGAUUAAGGUUUGAUUAUCGGGAGUCUCAGAUGGGCUGGCAUUCCCUGUGCAUGUACAAGCUGUUACUAUAAAGUCCUGUGACUGGCAUUUUAACAAACCUUUCAGAGCUUAUAUAGCCCAGUGUGUGUUGUCCCCCUCGAGCGGCCCCCAGCAGGUGAUACUGUAUAGUUUUUCCAAUGAUAUUGCCAUUGGUGAAAAUAUUUCUGAAACUGCCCUCAAAGUCUAGAAGCAUAGACUCCUAAAACGUUAGAACUGGAAGGGACCUUAAUGGUCAUCAAUUCCAACUUCUUCCUCUUAUUAAGACAGAAGCCGAGAUCCAGAACAAUGACUCACUGAUCAGGGUCACUAGGGAUUUACUCCUUCCCUUCUUCUGCUUCUUCUCAGGAGAUUUACCUCCCUUCUCUGAGCAAAUCUUUAAUCUUUUGGGGUUCUAGGAGAACUUUAAACUAGCCAGACGCUAUGUGAAGCCUCUAGAAGAGAAGGUAGGUUAAUAAGAGGGUUUGGAGUCAUAAAUGAGGUGCAGGUAUGAAGUGGUCAGAGCCAUUUUUUUUGGCAGCUCCUAAACAGUUCCGAGAGAGAAGUUCCAGAGAAGUCGUAAGCAUUGUAGUGAUCAUUGAGAUCCGUGGAACCUCCUUAGUGACUGCUUUGGUGGGGAGUGUCACUCACCUGAAUGUAUGUAUUCUGUGUUCUCUGUGUCUGUGCGUGCACACAUGCAGAUGUAUGUUUGAAAAACAUACAUCAGUCUCCUUACUUCAUAUUCGCACCACUUCAGUUCUAGUCCUACCAGCAACAUAUGCCCUCUAAAGGCUGUUGGAGGGCAUAGUGGUGCCGAGAUGGAAGGGUUGGCACUGGUCUGCAGAGGACGGAGAGGGUGACUUAUAAUAUAAAUGCCCUUAGAGAAAACAUCAGUUACUGCCAUUUCAUACCAUUCCUUUUCGAUCUUAGUAAAUAGUACUGGGAGGCUAGUCUCAGUGGUAGUAGCAAAGACAUUUAUUUUUCCACUUGCCACCUUUUUCUAUAUCUCCAAUAAUUUGAAAAAAAACACACUUUUCAGUUGGAACUGAUUUUUGUUUAUGGAAAAAAAGAUAAAUAUUUUUAAUAGAAAAGAUAUAUAUUUUAAAUAUUUCCCCAAAGUAAUACUUUCAUUUUAAGAAAUUGCAUAGCAGUAGCUACAGGUGCAGAGUGAAAAGCUGCUUCUUGUUAAAGCGUAUAUUCCAAACUCUGGCUUCAGCUUGCUGCCUUUCCCCCUUGCACCUGCUGUGAUGCCCACAGCGGCAUUGACAGUUGUUCUCCAAACUUCCAGCUGAGCAGUAGUCCUUCAGACAUAGGCAGAGCAGUUUAGGUUGAAGAGGAGGAGGCUUAAUCUUUAAUCUGCUUGGCUUUGGGGGAGGAAAAAACCACUAAGGUAUUAUCUGUAUUUUAAGACGCUUCUCCCCACACUUAAUAACUAAAACCUGAACACUUUUUCUUUCUGAAAAAUGUCCCUCUCUUGUCGCUUGAUUGUGAAGUUGGUCACAAAUGGAGUUGUUGACAUGAAUUCUUUGAAGAAAGGAGACAAGGAAGGAAAAUAGAAUGAUGGGGAGAGUUUCUGAGCUAGAAUGAGAGAUGCACUAUUUAACAAAACAAAUGUAUUUCUCACAAAUCAUUGGAAUCCGAUUCACCACACAAAUUUCCCAUGUCCUACUAACUCUGUUCCUUCUGUGUAUGCAUUCUUUGUUUUUUCUUAUUAAAGGAGAAGUUAUGAGAGGUUGGAGGAUGGAGGUCAUUCUGAUGAGAAACCUAAGAAAUGUGGUGCCCUGAGAGGGGGGAUUCUCAGCCCUUAUCCAUAGGGUGGGAAGACGCUUGGGGAACAGGUUCAUGACUCCGCCAAUUGUAUCUGCUGGAAGAAGUCAUCUGGGCCUGUUGGGUUGGUGUCAAAUCAGGGGAGUAUGUAAGCAGCCCCUGGCCCUUUUCAUAGAAUUACCUCUUUUUAUAAGGUUAAUUCUUCUUGGCUGAGGCUUCCCAGGAAAACCUUUUGUAAGUGGCUUCAUUUAUUUUUCUUAUUUUAAUUUUUAAAUUUUUGCCCGGAGGGAGCACCGGUGGUGAAUGCCUUCUCUCUGUGUUUUUUGUCCAUUUUCCCUAAAAGAAAAAUGCCCUUAAGAGAUUAAAGCUGCUUAAUGAAUUGCUGUAUGAUGACAAACUGACUCAAGUGGGAAGCUGCCACUGUGCUUGACUGGUGAAGCCGAUGACCGAAGGCUGUGCUGUUCGUCCUUUCUGUUCCAUUUGACAGACAUUUCCUGAGCUUCGAACUUGUGCCAACCUUAUGCGGGGUCGUGGAGAUACGGACAUGGAAAGGACAGUCUGGCUCUUGUGGAGCUCAAUGUCCCAUGGAAUGUAUUUGAAUGUAUAUGUUGCUGGAGGGUGUGUUCACAGUCUUAGGAAAGGCCACUUAGCGAUGAUCUUGGGUGGUCCCGUUCGAGGUCCUGUCCAGCACCGAGCAGGCCGCCUCGAACGUGUUAGAUAUCCCGUCAGUGUGUCAAUUUGAUUGCAAUGCCGCUCUCCAUUUCCUAAGUAAGUUUACCAGAGGAAAAUGAAUUCUUUCAAACUCCAGUGGUGAUAGGAUAGUAAGAUCUCUUCAGGAGCUGCUUUUAGCAGAAGCCCCAAGAAAUGAGGCAGGUUGUGGGUCACCCGUAUGGUCAGGGGAGGCCCACAUCUCAACUCUGUAGCCUCCCCACUGCUUCCCCAAGUCAGACCUCUCAACCGAGCCGGUAGCAACCUGGGACUCCUUUCCUUUUUCCUGCCUGGCUUUUCAUUGAGAUGGAAGGCAGCGGGAGAGGAAGGAAAGAAAAACUGAAGGCUGGAUCAUAAUCACAAAAUGUUAUAUAGCUGCAACGGGCAUAGAAAUCAUCUAAGUCAAAUUCUCCCCCUUGCUGCCCUUCUUUUUUAAGAAAUUAGGAACUUGAUGUUCAAUGCCCUGUGCCCUGUUUUUCACUAUAGUUUUCUAGGGUCUAAAUGAAUAGUCCUUUAAGUUACACACACACACCCAGUUUAAUAAUGAGGGGGACACCCAAAUGAUUUAGGAGGCUUUUUGUUUCAAUGGCUUUUCUUCCUGAUUUUUUUCAAUUAGAAUAAAAAUGUACCUGUGUCCCCUGAAUACACACCCAGGUUGGGGAAACCCCUAGAGCGUGAGCAAUGUGAAUGUGAAAUCUUGGGAAGUGAUAUAUUUUGAUUGGAAUACUCAUUUUAACUACCAAGUGUUAAAACCCACCCAGCCCUUCAUUUUUCUUUGAAAAUCAAGAACUCCUUAGGGACUUAAAUCUUUAUUGGCCAGCCUUUUCCUUCAACCUGUAGAGUGGUCUUUUGGCCUGGUUUUUAGAAGUGAAGCUAGUUGCUUAUAAAUUCUUGGGACUCAAGGAAAAAGUGGGUCUGCUUUUUGCGGGGGAGGGGGAUUCUAGGGAAAGAGGCUGCAGAAUAGAUUUUUCUCCAAAGAUGAUCCAGAAAUGAAUCUUUUACAUGAUUAUUAUUCACUGUAACUUUCUGAAGAAGAUUGUUCUACAGAAAAAGAAACUUAGAGAUAUACAGAGGUCACCCGUUUAGAGAUUGGUUAAAUUGGAUGAAGGAAAAGUGCCAAGACUAUGUGCACAUUGUUCUAUGUAUUAUCAGUAUUCUUUUUUCUUCCUAAGAAAAAUAUUUACACA